GGCAUCGACGCUUUCUAACUUACAAUGUCGCAGGACCUCCAGACAAAAUCUGACUCGGAUAUUUCUAUCAGUACAUCCCCCAGAGUCCUUACUUGUCCAGACACAAACACGUGUUACUUGAAGCUUAAUCCGACUACUUCUUUGUGCACUGGGAGGUAUGCGAAAACGGAAACUGUGGAACCUAGUCAUACCACUGUAACCCCGGGCCUCUCAACCAAGACUGCCUCAUUACCCCCCACUUGGUCAUCGUUUAUUCACCCCGAAGGACAGCGAUAUUAUUAUUGUGAUGGCUUGAAACUCCGCGUCGUGACCGAAGAAAACAUGGACGACCCGCAUGUAGCUACGGCUGUAUCAUUCUGCGUGAAAUGGAUAGAGGACACUCUGUGGCAAAGAAACAUAGAGCUGCCAGACUCUGCGGAGCUUUUCCUUCAACUAGAAGAUACCCAAGAGAACUCAUGCAGCUAUUAUUUCGUGGACCAUGCAUCUCGCACAGAAUUUUGGAUUGACAAGAUGGACACCGAGUCACUGGAUAUGGAUCCAGUAGUCUCAGCUUCGCACCUGAAUCUAGCACUGGAGAAACUAUAUUGGACACAUGUUGAAUUCUUCCCCAUGCACUUGGAAUCUCGUCUACCAAAAGAAAUCGUUGAUAGUAUCAUUGAUGUUUUUUCACACGGUCAAGCCGACCGCAUGUCGUCCGAUUCCUCGACUUUUCCAUAUACCACAGAUCAAUGCGCACAACUUUUAGUGCUAUUAAACAGCAGGCAAGGUCACAAUCUGAACGGAUACACUAUCUGUUUCGUGGCACGCCUAUGGAACGCUAUCUGUCAUCAUCGAUUUACCAGCUAUUAUGGUCAGGAUGUUGCACAACUAGAUAGAGAACAAGCCAUGCUACCAUCAGACACCCCUGACCAUCACUGGCUGACCACUGCUUGCGAUUGGAUGCUGUGGAACAUGCCCAGUUUUCAUAUAGAAAAACUCAAUAAGCUUUUCGUCGAUAACCAAGUGUAUGUAGACCAGUGGUGCCUCGUCAUAUCUGCAUGUUUGAGUGGUUGGAGCUCAACAUUGUCACGGGUUUCCUUGGCACUCAUCGCCGAUAUCCUACUUUGCAUGGUACCAGGAGCAUCCAUGACGCUGGCACUCUUAUCAAUAGUGGCAUGUUGUGCCAGUAUCACAUCGGGAUCUGUACUUCUUUUACGACACCAAGGCCUCGCGGAGGCUAGCGCGUCUACAGCUGCAAUUUAUCUCCGAGAUGCAAAGUCGAAGACGUAUGGCUUCCUUCCUUCCGCAGUCAUUUUUAGCCUACCCAAUGCCCUCUACAUGUGGAGCCUUGGCUUUCUCGCCGUUCACGUUAUCUUUCUUAUGUCUCAUUUCUUCAACGCCGGGGUUGUCAUCGCUGUUAUCUUCCUAAUGGUUAGCAUGGUCUGUGCAAUUUUACGUUUCACCUCUCCGGAUCAAGAUUCCUCGUCACUCAGCCAGCUUCUCAAACCAUGGUCGUGGUUCCAGAGGGUCCUUCAACAAGAAUGUAGUAUUGUAUAAAAGUAUAAAAACAAAUAAUCUGUAGCUUGUACUCUUGUUAAUAAUAUUCUAUCCACCUCCGAGGCUACUU